GAAGAGGAAGAGGAGUCAGCUGUGAGAGGUGACGAGGCGAGAACACAGAACAGAAGACAAUCAAGCGAUUCAAGCAAGAAAAUAAGAAAAUAAAUCAUGAAAAGUAUAGAGCGGUAGUGGAUUAUAGUGAGGCAAGAUAAAUAUUGAAAAGCAGGAGAGGGGAUCAAGAGGAAGAGGACCUCCGAAGCAAUACAAAGAGGAAGAGGUGACUAGGCACAGGAGCCAGCACAUCUGCAGCCCACACAUCACCCCUGACGGCCUACACAGUGAGGAAAGAUAAAUACUGAAAAGCGUAAGAGGGAAUCAAGAGGAAGAGGAACAAAGAGGAAGAGGUGACGAGGCAAACACAGGAGCCAGCACAUCCCUUCCCUGCAGCCCCUCACCUAUGACGGCUUAAUGGACGCGGCAGGAGUAAAAUAUAUAGUGUCACACCAUUGAGAAGCAGAAGAGAGAAUCAAGAGGAGGAGGACCUACGAAGAGGUAUAAAGAGGAAGAGGUGACGAGGCAAACACAGGAACUAGCACAGUGGACGACAUCCCUUCCCUGCACCCCAUACAUCACCCCUGACGAUGAGUACCUCCACGCAGCCCAACGUCCAGGAUGAGCUGCUGUUGGUGGAGCGAGUCUUCCUGCGCAUUGGGUCAGCUGCCACUGACCAGGUGCUGGAGGAAGAGCUAAAUAAGUUCUUGGCCCCAGUCAUCCUCAAACUGGCCUCCCCCCACGAAUCUGUCCGGAAGAAGGUGAUGGAGUUGCUGAUUCACGUGAACCGCCGUGUCAAGGACCAUGAACACAUCCAGCUGCCUGUAGAGGCCCUGCUGACACAGUACCAGGAUCCAGGUGCUACAUCAUUUGUGACUAAUUUUUCCAUCAUCUACAUUAAGAUGGGCUACCCAAGACUAGACCUUAACAAGCAGGUGGAGUUGCUACCAUCCAUGCUUAGCUGCCUUGAGAACAAGCCUGCACAGCACCAAGAUGGCUUGCUGCUGCUUAUGGUUCCUGUGUUUGGCCACAUGAAGUUCCCAGACACAGCUGAAAAGACUGCCUCCCUGUUUGGUCUGCGGGACAAGCCAUCAGUAGCCAAACUCUUACUUGACUUCAUGUUGGACCUGUUGCUUCUGCCAUAUGGUGCCACCCCACUGUCUCAACAGAGGGCCCCUGAUGCACCUCAGGACAAUGGAGAUGGACCACCUGUUCCUGGUGUGCCUGCAGGGAUGAGCAUUUAUACCUUCAAAAGGGUAACUGGAGACUCUGCUCCAAAACCUGAAGACUUAGAGAAGCUGAAGGUCUCUAUUGUAAAGUUUUUGAGCUCAGAUGUAUUGCCUCCCUCUUCUGUUGCACUUCCCCUGAUUGUUGGGGCGGCAGACACCAGAUUUUCUGUAGCCAAUGCAGCAGAAUUACAUUUGAGGAGAAUUGAUGGGAGCAUUGAGUGGAACAGCAAUGCUGUUAUUGCCCCACUGUAUGUCUUAUUCCUGGGAACAUUGCUACCCAAGGACAAAAUUGCACAUGACAAAUUUAAAAAUCCUGCAAACACAAGGAUCAGACUGAAGUUAAUGCCAUACCUUCUGAAAUCAAAAGAAGCUUGUAAUUUUGCCCCACUUGCAAUGAAGGUAUUUUUUGAGUGUGUCUGGGGUCAGAAUUCAAAUGCAAAGUUGAAACAACAUGGUGUUACAUUCCUACAUCACAUGGCAUUCAAUGCUGACAAAGUAAAAUUAUCACCUGUUGGAAGUGUCCUGUUUGGAGGAGUAGUGAAGGUCAUCGAGGAGGAAAAGUGUGAUGCAAGACUAAGAUCUCUAGCAUAUGGAGCACUGGCAAAACUGUCUGUCAAGUUGCCAAAUCUUCUGCUGUCUCAUCCUUCUCAGCUACACUACCUCCAGACCCUCAUGAACGCUCUCACUCAAGAGGAAGGCGAUGUUUUAUUAGCCGUCCAAGAAGCCUUGUCUAUGAUGGCUCCUGUGUGCAAGCAGCUAAGUACUUCAAGCCAGGAUGAACUCUGCAUACUACUGUCAGAGCAUGUUUUACAUCAUAAUGCACAGUUGCGUCGCACUGCUGUUCACUAUGCAGCAUCAGUGUUCCCUUUUGACCACGUUCCAUCAAGAUUCAUUCUGAUGGUGGCCACAGGUGACAGUCAUGAUGACAUACGGAGAGAGUCACGACGACAGCUGUACAAGCCAGUUAAAGAAGCCAAAGAUGGAACUCCAACGUAUCAAGUUCCACCAUUUACUGCAGUAUUGAAAUAUGUCUUGGAACGGGUUGACGCCCUCCCAAAAAGAAAGUGGCUUGAUGUUGCUAAUCAGCCGGUGCCCUUUUCAAUACCAGUAAUGGAACAGAUAUUGAAAUAUUUGGAACACUGUCUUGAGGUAGAAGCUGGUAAGCUGAGUGGCAGAGAAGAAGGCUUAUUUUGGUGUGAUUCACCAGCUGUAGGGAAACUGGUGCACCGAAUCAUCAGUGACCAUGAACAAAAAAUUAUAUCUGGAGUUCAAGAGAAAGGUCCAAACCCCUUCAUGAGAUACAUAGGAUUUGCUGAACUUGCUGCCAAUGCCUGGUCUGCUGUGGCUCUGGAAUCCAUCCUAAGAGUGGUGGCUGUUGCUCCUGAACACUUCACUUCACACUAUUCAUUAAAAAUGGACUGGAUAAGAAAAUUUAUACUCCGAGGCAGCUACUAUGGGGAGGUAGCAGCCCACCUAUUUGGAGUUGUUGCCGGCCAGAUUCAGAAUCAGCAGGAGUUUGAAAAAACUGUUUAUCAAAUUACUAAUAUUAAAAAUUUGCGUGUGGACAGCCAGGAGAGCAGUGUGCUGGCGCUGGGCCACAGCUACUCGUACAGCAUCAGCAACAUGAAGAAAUCAGGAGUAUAUCUGGAAGACUGGCCAGCAUAUGAGUCCAUUAUUCAGGAACUGGUAAAAAAGCUGCUGUUUGAGAACAGUCCUCUUCAGAAUGCCCUAGUGGUGGCUCUUGGGGAGAUGGCCCGUCAAGCUCCUCUGCCUCUACCUGUCGGAGCAGAGGAUGUGGAUGAUAAAAAAGUCACAUUGCUGGGUUUGGUGAAAGCUCUUGUGCAGAUAUUCAACAACAAGAAACUCCCAUCUAAAGUUCGUGAGCAAGCAAUAUCUACGUGUGGGCACCUCUGCGUUGGUCAGCCAGACAUUCCUCACAAGAAAAUAAUUUUGGAGGCUUUCUUGGCAUUAGCAAAGGAGACCAAUGAAAUUGAGGUUCAUUUUGCUGUAGGUGAAUCUUGCUGUUCUAUUGGAAGUGAGUCUCCAUCUGCAAGGAACCUGUGGACAGAGGAAGACCCAACCCUAGUGGAAACAAGUGGAGUUACAGAUGAUAGUAUGGAGGAGGGUACCCAAGACGAGAGAGAAAAAGACACAGAUGAGGCAAUGGAGAAGGACUACAUUGCUCCUGAAGGUGCUUCUGAGCAGCCUGAAAUAGCCAUGGAUACCAGUGAAGAUAGAAUGGGUGGGACUGCAAGCAGUGAGGAUGUUGAGACAGAUGUGUUAACCUGGUUGUUAGGAAAACUCCUGGACAGUUACGUCAACCAGACUCAUCCCAAUGUCAGGCAGGCCUCAUGCAUUUGGCUGCUUGCUCUACUGAAGAGGUGCAGAAAUAAGCCAAUAAUUCAGCAGAAAUUAAUCAGGAUCCAAGGGGCAUUUAUGAAUCUCUUGGGUGACAAUAAUGAUUUAGUUCAAGAUGCAGCUUCUAAGGGUCUAGGUGUGGUGUAUGAGUGCUGUGAAGCUACCAGGCAGUCUAUGGUGGAGGGUCUGGUGCAGACCCUGACGGAGGGAAAACAUAUACAAAAUGUCACCCAAGACACAAAGAUCUUCAAGGAAGGAGAACUGGGCCCAUCAAUUUCAGGAGGCCAGUUGUCCACUUACCGAGAGUUAUGUUCUUUGGCCACGGACCUCAACCAGCCACAUCUGAUCUACAAGUUCAUGAACUUGGCCAACCACAAUUCUGUUUGGAACUCUAAGAAGGGAGCUGCCUUUGGUUUUAGCACCCUCGCUUCACAAGCAGGAUCUCAGCUUGAACCUUACCUGCCUCAAAUUAUUCCAAAGCUCUUUAGGUAUCAACAUGAUCCAACACCAAAGAUCCAGCAGCCUAUGUCUUCUAUAUGGAAUGCUCUAGUCACUGAUACUGCAAAAACUAUUGAGAAGUAUUUCCACCCAAUUCUAAAUGAUCUCAUAACGAACUUGACAAAUAGCUUGUGGAGGGUUCGGGAGUCAUGCUGCAAUGCCCUCACAGAUCUUUUACGGAGACAGUCUGCAUCUCAUGCUGUUGACAGAAUAAGUGAAAUUUGGGCUAUACUCUUUAGAGUCCGUGAUGACAUCAAAGAAUCUGUCAGACUGGCUGCAGAUAAAACAUUGCAAGCUAUAAGCAAGAGUUGCAUUAAGGUGUGUGAUGGCACUGGUGAAGAAAGUGAAAAGAUGCUGAAAGAAGUGUUGCCUGUCCUGCUGACAUCAGGCAUCACAAGUACACUGAGUGAAGUCAGGAGUGUCAGUCUGCAAACUGUGUCCAAGCUGUGUCGAUGGGGAUCCAUGGUAAAGCCUCACCUGGGGACCCUUAUCCCAGCCCUCCUGGAAGCCCUCUCUGGCCUGGAAUCUCAGUCUCUUAGUUAUACAUCUGUGAGAUUAAAUGAAGAUGACAGGGAGAAGCUAGACAUUGCAAGAGUGGCAGCUGCACGGAAGCACUCAAUGAUGGACACUUUGAAUUAUGUUUUGCAAUUUGUUGAUGUUGAUGCCAUGGAAAAGUUGAUUGGAGGUCUGAUUGAUGUUCUUAGAAGUUCUGUUGGUCUUACCAGCCGAGCAGGUGCUGCUCAUGUUGUGGAGACAUUGACUCACACUUGUCCUGCUUCCUUAAAAGUACACUGAAAACUACUUGCAGCCCUUGUCAAUGGACUGAGUGAUAGAAAUCCAGUAGUAAGAAAGCUCUAUGCCAAUGCUAUAGGCAACCUUGUUAAAACAGCCAAACCUUCAAGUAUAGAGAAGCUUCUCACAAAGCUGCAAUCAUGGUACCUAGAAAAGGAAGAGGACAGUGUGCGUUUCAGUGCUGCCCUAACCAUUCGAAGUAUGCACUCACAACAUAGUGAUAUUAUGAAGCAACAUGCCAGCCAAGCUAUGCCUCUAGCAUUUUUAGGAAUGCAUGCAGAAAAGACUGCAGAUAAUGACCCAAGUGGUGGUGCAAUAUGGGAAGAAAUAUGGUUAGACAAUACUCCAGGUACAGAAUCUGCCAUAAAACUUUACCUGACAGAGAUUAUCGGCAUCUGUGAACAAGCCCUACAAAGCUCCAAUUGGUCUAUGAAGGCUCAGACUGGAAGAGCCCUCUCUACUGUUUCCCAGAAACUAGGGUCAAGUAUGACUGAUUCACUUGUUGCAGCUUUGAUUACACUUCUCAUCAACAGUCUUCAGGGAAGGACCUGGGAAGGGAAGGAAUCACUGGUAAUAGCACUUUCAAAUGUAUCGGUGGCUACUGAGUCUUUGUUAGCUACCUUAAAGCAUCCAGAAAGGGAUGAGCUUUUAAUAGAUGAUGUGGUAAAAGUCCUCACCAGAGAGGCCAGCAAGGAGAAGAUGGCAUACAAAAUUCCAGCAAUCAAGGCUCUUACUACAGUCUUAGAUACAUUUCAAAUUGAUCGAUUUGAGCAAGUCUUUGAUAUAUGUCUUCCAUAUUUGACACAUGACAAGCAAGACAAAGAUGAUGCAAAUGAGGAAGAACACAGCAAAGCUGAAGUUUCAUUAAGAUGGGACCUAAUAGAUGAAAUGGUUCACUCUUUGGGGCGUGCUUGGCCGAAGUCCAAAGAAACACAAGAGAAAUACAGUGAACGAGUUGUAGAAAUGCUGAACAGCAGUGUGUCACGUGUUCCACGCAAGACUCAGCUGAGCAUCGUUGGUGCCCUAAAGCAUUUCUGGGCCCGUCACUUUCUACUUCAAGAACUCCCAUCUUCCCUGGGAGCCCCACUCUUUGAUCCACUAUUGCACCACACCUGUCGGAUCUUCAAUUACUGUCUUGGAGUCGCCAAGUACUACAGUCUGCGCAGAGAAUCUCUAGUGGUCCUAAAUGAGUUUCUGGAAAAAGUUAGAGACAAUGAAGUAUUGGUGGUACGAUUACGAGUGGAGCUUCUUUCUGGGGUGGAAGAGGCUCGGAGAGAUGCCCAACCAGAUGUCCAAGCUUUGGCAGCCUCUGCUAAUCGGAUACUUCAUUUAGAGUCAAGUGAUCUCAAAUAAUCCCAUAUGAAAAAUCAAGAUUGAAUUAGGCUCAAAGUGGGGUAAGUUUUAUUGAGAUUAAUUCCAGAUAUGAAGAAAAUAUAUUGCUCAGUACAGACUAGCAUGUAGUUACAUAAAAUUACAUAUAUUCAAAGUAGAGACCAUUGGUAAGUUGAAAGAUUAUUUAGUUUUUUAACAUUUUAUUUGUUUUAUUUGAUAUAUACUUACUAUCAUAUGAAUUGUAAAUAAAUAAAUUAAAUGUAUUUUGGAUUGUUUAUAAGUUACAUGAUGCCCCAGGAUCUGAUAAAAAUAUGGGUUUAUAUAUAGCUUGACCUCCUGCAUUGUGUAUGUACACUGCAGGAAACAAAGUGAGUGCUGAUAGCUAUGAUAAUUAAUAAAAUAAAGUUAUUUAUUUCUGAACAGGGCUAUCAAUUAACUGAUGGUUUGUUUAAUAGAUUAUUGAUUUUUUUCGUUUCAUAGAAAACUUCCAUCAAUAUGGUAAUUCAUUAUCCCAUUUAUGAGUGAAAACUUAAAGAACAAAGGAGACUGGUUGAUAAUAUAUGUUUUAAUCUUUAUUAUUAUUAUUAUUAUUAUUAUUAUUAUUAUGCAUCUGGUCAAAUAGUUAUUUUUAAAGCAUUGACUAUGAACAAGUUGAUAUGGUUUCCAAUAUAUGACAAAUGUAAGUUUGAAGGUAAGCACUCAAUAAACAAUAACUUCGUAGUUUUAGCAAUUGGCAUGGUACUUUGUUUACAUUACUUUUUUUUGUGGUUCUAAGUUUUGUAUGACAUUCACUCCAUACAUGAUAUGGUUCCCUGUACACUUGAUUAUUGUCUAUAUAGUAUGUAUGCAUUAGGGUUAUUUUGAUUCAAAUCAGAGUACAAAAAAUAAUAUGAUUUAAUUCAAAAGGGAAGUUGAUAAGCAAUUGAAAUGCAGGAAAAAGGGAAAAGAUGCAGAAUGUGAUAGUGGAGUGCUGUAUGGAUGCAUUAAUUAAGUUUGCUUGCAUUGUACUCCUUUACUGGCCCUGUAUGAAGCCAGGCACUGAUGAACUAUUGACUGAUAUUCUCCAAGCAAAAGUUAAGCACAGGGUAAAAGGUUUUCAUAUACGUAAUAAUAAUUGUUUUGAAAUAUGAA